CUUUCCGUUUUUGCCAACUCCAGUGAUGCUAAUCUGCAUGUUUCCCAUGAUGCUCUGCGCUUUUUAAUCCCGUCACUGUGGUGAUGGAGGAGGAGGAGGAGGAGCAAGCGACAACAGAGUGAGGAGACGAUAUUGAUGGAAUUAAUCUGGACAUCCUAUUUGACUCUUAGAUGUCUCUGAGACACGUCGCUGAUAUCAUCUUUACACAUGCGUUCAGGUGCAGGUGGAAAAGGUCAGUGAUGGAGGAUUUGAGCAGAUUAUAAUCUGGUUUGUUCAUUUGUUCUUUGGUUACUAGUAUUACGUCCACCAAGGAGGUUACGUUUCAUGUGCGUGGGUUAAUCUGUAAAUUUGUCCUACUUUUAGCAACUUCCGGCCUGCACCUUUGGACAAAUCAAUUGGGAUUUUUUUUUGUCUGAUCACCAAAGUAUGUUUCCAUUGAAUCUACCCACUGAUGACGAUGGAACGAAAUUUGGUCAGGUUCAGGCAAAGAAAAAUAAGAGACGUGGAGAGUGAUGAUCGCGUGCACCGAGUGUCUCUGUCCACCAGGGGACAACAGCUCCCUUGCAGCACAGAGGAGGUUCCUGGGUUUCAGCACCUUCUCCAUCAGAGACCUGCUCAGACCUAAAGAGCGCCACCUGUCAGUCAGCGUCAGGACGAUGGAAGGAGUGGACGAGAUCGGGGAGCUGAGGAUGUCCCAUCGGCAGAUGAAGGGACAAGGACACGACAAAAUCCGUCCUGAGCACGAGUGUUUCGCCCUGUGUGACGUCCUUCACAGCUCUGUCCACGACAAAGUCAACAGUCCCAUGAUGAGAGCAGCGUUGUGUGCUCAGGUGUGUAAAGUGUACAGGUUUCAGACAGAGGACCAGCGAUGGCUGCUGGUCAGAGAGCAGCUGUCAGAGACACCACUCUCCUUCUCUUUACCCAGACAACUACUAAGUGGGCUCAUACACGAGUACACACACAGGGUCCAGGAGGUGAUCGAGCUUGGUGACCUGUCACCUCACUGGGAUGGAAUCCGCCAGGAUGUCAUCAGCCACUGUAACCACCUGAUUGGCUGUUAUCAGGACACACUGGUGGAGCUCGAGAAACUCUCAGCGGUGUCCUGCUUCAAGUCGAGCAGCAGGAAGUCGGACGCACACCUUCAAUUUGUUCCGACCAAUUUGCACGCACAGAGGAUGGAGGUGACCGACCCUGAUGGCACAGGUGCGUGGUAUGAUGUCAUCACGUUUGGCGCUCCAGCCGAUCACCACCAGGCCUUCAAACAUGGUGGACUGAAGAGACUAAUGAGUAAACACAGGAAGUACAGCAGCGCAUCUUACCUCCAGGACCAGAGCUCCAGAGCCAGGCAGCUGCUGAGCACUGUAUCCAAGCUACAGCCUCACGUGUUCGGGCUUUCUGAGGAGCUGCUCUCUGUCUCCUCGGAGCUGAACACUGUUCGCCUGCAGGAGGCGCUGGAGCCUCUGACGCAACAGAUUGGGCAGUUGGUUCAUGCACUCAAAGAUGAACUGGUUAAGAGCGCCCUGAUAGCGAUCCACGGCCAAAGCUCCACCCACUUCAGUUGCAGCCAUGUCCAUAGCAACGGCCAUUUCUGUGAUAACUCGCCAACCAGUGACAGGCUUUCACUGGGUCAACAGGAAGUCCACCGGCGUGAUGAGGAAUAUGACGAGGACGAGUGGGACAUAGCGUGGGCCAAUGUAGCCACGAGCCUCAGCUGCAUCAUCGCCAUGGCAGACCGGUUGAAGGGGCAGGACCUCUGUCCCCACAAGCAGCAGGAGACACCGGGGAGCACUGCGUCUCCUUCCUCGUCCUCUUGGCAGGAGCAGCUGCUCCCUCUUGUGAUCACUCUAAGAGACUGUGUGCGCGAGGCAGUGACAAAGGCACAGGCCGCCAUGACCUUUGUGGUCCUGCAGCACGCAGUGGUUCUGACUGUUGACCAGGGGCCGGCACAGAUGGUCUUGAGACGCCAUGCCGUCUUCAGCCAGGCGAUCUCGGCACUUGUCUGCGGCUUCGCAUUGAAGCUGUACAGUUCAUUGGACGACCAUGACUUCCUGCAGCAGCUUCACACUGUCGGUGUCUUGGCUCAGUUUGAGAGUCUGCUGAGCAUCUAUGGUGAUGAGGAGGGCAUGCUGGAGGACAUGGAGGUGGGCGUGGCCGACAUGAGCCAGGUAGCGUUCACUGUCACUGAGGCUGAGACAGACAGAGAGGACGACCUGCUGCCCACGCUCCGAGGAACAUGGUACACAUUCGUCGUCGAAAUGCCGUUACCGGCUGAGGCGUUUAGGUCGUUGCCACAGCAACUAAGAGACGGAUGUUUGAUACGAGUCCAUCCUGUCGUCUUCAACAUCGGAAUAAACCAACAACAGAGUUUGGCGGAGAGGUUCGGGGACACGUCUCUUCAGGACAGACUGAACCAUCAAAACUGUGAACGUCUUAGAGGAUAUUGUGAGACACUGCGAGACAGCCUGCCUCAUCUGACUUGUCUCCAGCCUCUGUCCAACAUGCUGUCAUCUCUCGACCACUGUGUGGCGUCGAGGAAGAGGAAGAACGUGGAGCUGCUGUGGACGGCCGCAAUGGUGUGUCGGCAGGUGGGCGGCGUCCGUCUGACCAGCUGCAAGAGUGCAAAGGACCGCACGGCUAUGUCGGUAACGCUGGAGCAGUGUGUGUUACUGCGAGACAGACACGCACUCAGAGACUUCAACACUGCACUGGACUGUAUGAGGAGGGAUGGCUGCAGGAUGGAGAACGUGCAAAAGAACAUUGGCAGCAGGAAGUUUGCCUUCAGCAGCGUCCAGCUCCUCACCUUCCCCAAAUUGUACAGACCUCCGGACGGCAGCUAUGGACAGACUCACACAUGAGAGUAUUGUAUUGAAUUGGAUUCAGAUCAGUGGCAUGGCAGUGAAAGGAGCCGUGUUCAUCUCUUCACCUCAUCUUUUAACAAACAAACCACCUCUGUCAAGUUAAAAUUAUUACAUUUUAUGAAACAAUUACAAAGUGUAUAUCUUUUUAUUCAUUUAGGUAUUUUAUUUAGAAAAACGGUUACAAAAUCGCUAUUUUAAUCCAUUGUUAUUUAAAUUGAAAUAUUCAGGGAUGCAAUGUUUGCUUUAUGGCUGCUGUUUUUACUCCAAGCCUUUGGGGAGCGCUGUUCAGGGUCACCCCCCCCCCCCCCACACACACACACACAGAGACCGUUCUCAGAGACAAGUUCAGAACGGAAGUGAGACGCUUUGUCCUUCACAAUUAAAGAGUAGUGGCUCACAACUCAAGAGAAUCAGUUAAUUAUCGUAUUUGAUUAUUAUUAUUAUUACCAAUGAUCACAUUUAAUCGAUUAGUCUGAAUAGUUCAAUCACAUAAUCUAUAAGUUUAAAACAAUGCAUGUGAUACGUUAGCCUAAACUUUAUAACUGUGCAGAGCCAAACUGGACUGAGGAGUCGUCCGCUCACCCCUUCUGUGUAUCAGGGAUGUAAGGUUCCUAGUGGUACUCCUGUAACUAACAGAUUGUAUAUUUUGUUGUUCUCAAUUUUAAUAACCAAUAGCUUCCUGUGGUAGGCAUUGUUUAUUUAUCUAUUUAUUUAUUCGUAUCGUCGCUGUUGCUGUGCUUUUAUUUUGAAAAGACGCCAACGGAUGUGUUGUUUUCCGUCAGCUUGUCGCUCGGGCCCAGUCAAAACAAAGCAGCUGGGCUUUGUAACUACCUUCACCCGGAGCAGAGGACGAUCUGUAUCCGCCCGCUCCUUCACUCCAGCCCGGUCCAUUCGCGUCGCCCUCCGCGCGCCCUUUCUGCUGCGCCAGUUCGCGUUGUGUGUCUCGGCGUCGGCUGGAAAUGGAGGCGGCUCCGAGGUGGAGGGUGAACGGGGCGGAGCGGAGCGACUAAACGCACUACGAAAUACGAAAAUACCUAAAUAUCAGCGACAAAUUGGGGAUUUGUUAACAGAUUGGAUAAACUCGAGCCUCUUCUCUGAAAAUGGUGGAGUAGG